UGUGUGUGUGGGGGAUUGGUCAACAGAGUAAAUAGGGAAUAUGUUCCAGUAAUAGCUCAUGCGUUCAACUGUUAUUCGUAUCUCACUACGUGGGCAAAGCCAUUCAAUACAGUCAGACACUCAGAAGCUGUCUCUACUAUAGAGAUCCCUGAUAAAGUAGACAGAAUGCUCCUUGGACAAUCCAUUUUGAUCACCGCGCUGCAGGCCAGCCUCUUUCUGGGUUAUGGAAUGUCAGAGAUUCAACACAGGUUCCUGACGUGUGGUGAUCCCAGCCUCCAGUGCGAUGACGGUGUGAUCAUGGUGUAUGGGGUCAAAUUCAGCACUAUAGAGUUGUCAUCAAACGAGAGCCCUAAAGCCUGCUCCGAUACAGAGGCCUUCAACGGUGUGUCUAAGAGGUGUGAUGGAAAUGGGAAGUGUGAUGUGGCGACCUCCGGCAGUGUGUGUGACCUCUGUAACUCCGCAUACCAGACUAAUAUCUUCCUGGACGUUACCUAUGGCUGCCUGGAGAGCAAGAAGGUGACUACCUGUGAGGGUGCCGGUGUGGUGCAUUUGGAGUGUGGAGACGGGGUGGUCUUUCUCCAGAAAGCACUGUAUGGACGCACAGACAGCCAGACCUGCAGUCAGGGACGACCUCAGAGUCAGCUGACUAACACAAAGUGUUCCCAAGAAGGAACUCUGGCACUCUGGUCACAGAGGUGUGACGGGAAGCAGAUGUGUGAGGUGAACAUGAGAGUGAAUCAAAUCUCGGACCCUUGUUACGGAACCUACAAAUACCUGGACGUCACCUACAUCUGCCUGCCUGCUAAGACCAGUAUCACCUGCGAAGGCUCAACCAGCUCCCUGGACUGUGGUAAGGGUGUGAUAAAUGUGUUUCAUGCUAACUACGGCCGUAGAGACGGCUCUACCUGUUCUGCUGGACGCCACGAGCUCAGCAACCAGAACUGUCUGCAACCCAAAACCCUGGACGUUGUCAAACAAUGGUGUGAGGGAAAGAGUCAGUGCACUGUGGGGCUUGAUCCGGUCUUCGGGGACCCCUGCUACGGAACCUACAAAUACCUGGAGGUUUCCUACACCUGUCUGGGAGGCUCCCCUACAGUGUAAUGAUGGCCUGGCUCGGCUGCUGCCACUUCCUGUCCUCCUCCAUCGAAGAACUCCGACUGGAUGCCCUUUUUACUCUGGAUUUACUCCAUAAUCAAACACGAUGAAUCACCGAUAAAUCAACUAAGCAACCAAUCAAUAAAUCAAUGUGCAAACUAGUGACUGUAUGUUGUUGUGUAGCCAGCUCAUGUUCAGACCAGUGUUUUUAGAGAACACAACCCUACUUAUGUUAAUGAUUUGGAUGUUAACAAAUAUGUUACAAUUAAAAUAAAAUGAAUGUGAGGCAGCUGA